CGCCUCUCCCCGCGUUGUCAGGUCUCUUGAAGCAGCUCCCGGACCCACCAAGGACACGGCCAUUCAACCGAGCUGCUUGAAAGCAGCUUUUGUUUUACCUGUAUUAUUAAAGGUGUUCUCUUCUUUUCAAUGGAUGACAGCUGAACACAAAGUUGUCACUUGCAGCAGACUCCUUUGCGUAAAGGACCGAGUCGGAAUCAUGCAUUGCGCAGAAUCUCUGCUGACUUACGAUUCACUCACAGGACAGAGGCGCAUCUCCACCUCCACGAUGCCAGUCGCGCUCUGAAUGCCACUGCAUGGUUUUGCGCACGGGGUUACCAAACUUGCGCAAGAAGCCCGAUUCUUCUCAAGUAUUGACUCGCCUAUCGCAAGGUGAUUGGCACUAUGUCAGUCUUACGGAGGAAAUUUGGCGAGGACUACCAGGUGGUAAACACCAACCGGGACAUGACUUUUUCCGCACCGGCGAAGAAAAAGAGGCAGCGGUUUGUGGAGAAGAACGGCCGCUGCAAUGUCCAGCACGGUAACCUUGGCGGGGAGACCAGCCGAUACAUCUCCGAUCUCUUCACCACGCUGGUGGAUCUCAAGUGGCGCUGGAACCUACUCAUCUUCAUCCUCACGUACACGGUCGCAUGGCUGGUCAUGGCUUCGAUGUGGUGGGUGAUCGCUUUCAUCCGCGGCGACCUGAGCCACGGCGGCCACGACCCGUCCUACACCCCGUGCGUCGCCAACGUGUACAACUUUCCCUCCGCGUUCCUGUUUUUCAUCGAGACGGAGGCGACCAUCGGCUACGGCUACCGCUACAUCACGGAGAAGUGUCCCGAGGGCAUCAUCCUCUUCCUCUUCCAGUCGCUGCUGGGCUCCAUCGUGGACGCCUUUCUCAUCGGCUGCAUGUUCAUCAAGAUGUCGCAGCCGAAUAAGCGCGCGGAGACGCUGAUGUUCAGCCAGGACGCGGUCAUUUCGCAGCGGGACGGCAAGUUGUGCCUCAUGUUCCGAGUGGGGAACCUGCGGAACAGCCACAUGGUGUCUGCGCAGAUCAGGUGCAAACUCAUCAAGUCCCGGCAGACCCCAGAGGGCGAGUUCCUGCCCCUGGACCAGUGUGAGCUGGACGUGGGUUUCGGGACCGGGGCGGACCAGCUCUUCCUGGUGUCUCCUCUAACCAUCUGCCACGAGAUCAACACCAAGAGCCCCUUCUUUGACCUGUCGCAGCGCUCACUGGUGAACGAGCAGUUCGAGAUUGUUGUCAUUCUGGAGGGCAUCGUGGAAACCACUGGUAUGACAUGCCAGGCGAGGACGUCUUACACUGAAGAUGAAGUGUUGUGGGCCCACCGCUUCCUCCCCGUCAUGUCGCUGGAGGAGGGCUUCUUCAGAGUCGACUACUCCCAGUUCCACAACACCUUUGAGGUCAACACGACUCCCUUCAGCGCCAAAGAGCAGGAGGAGAAGUCCUCGUUGACGUCCCCCAACUCUCUCUCUGUUGCAGCCACCCCCUCCUCCCCUCAGUCGGGUAACGGUGGCCGCGGAGGCCGCAGGGAAAGACUCCUGUCGGCCGACUAUGCCGACCACGCAGAGGACCAAGCCUUCAGGUUGCCCAGCAAACUCCAGCGCAUGAGCUCCACCAAGGAGGAGCUCCACUGGAGGGGAUUCAAGACGGGGUCGGCCUUGCCCGGGGGGAAUGCCUCCAGCACAGGAGACCUUCCGCUUAGUAUUCAGAGGCUGAGGUCAAGCUCCAUCCCAGUGGUGAGGCAAGGACAGCUGGAUGAGCAGGUCCAGCUGCUGUCCUUGGAUGCAAAUGCCCAGAAGGAUGAGCUGGAGAAACACAGACUGCCAGCAGCCAUUCGCGCCAUCACUGCUCCAAGCAGAGUUCAGAUCCCCUUGGUGGGGAGUCGGCCAGAAGACCACCUGCCUGCCAAAUUUUGCAGAAUGAAUGCUGACCGCUGACUUCUGAAAAUUGAAUCAGGCUUCAAGGGUAUUGCGUAGACAUAAAGACUUCUGUGAUAUGAGUUUCAUUUUUUUUCCUGCAGAUUUUUGCCAGUAUUUUACAUUUACAAAAUGUAAAUGGGCUUUGGGCUCUCUACGAAGUUGUCUAUUGCCACAAAUAGCAGGACGCCGCCAAUAAGCCAUCCAUCCGCUCAUACUGUGAGUCAUUUUUGAUAGAUCACCAUCGGUGCCCCCCACUAACUUCGAACACUUGUGCCCUUGUGCUUGUUUCUUUCACUUCGGUUCAAAGAUUUUAUGAUCUCAAACAGCUCCAGUUUAUUUUUAUUUUUUAUCAGGCAGCAAAGUGGCAGUCCUGACUUAGACGUACCUGAAUUUGCUAAACCCCUUGUCCUAUCAUAGCUUAGCAACCGUAAGGUCUGGCAGGUCGGUCAAGUGUAGGAUUCCUCCACAUGCCUCAAGUAGCGUACGUGGGGCUCGAGCACGACUUAAGACCCACGGACAGCAUUGCGAUGCAAAGUUCGUCCUCAAUCAUUUUCUAUGGAACUCAAGCAAACCGAUUCACAAGGUGUUGUGGGCUUCCUGCCGACGCUGGACCGACCAUGCGAUGCAAAAAAAACUGAGCGUUUGAAAGUUAAACUUUUUCAACUUCGUGUAAACGUUGGCACCGUUCUCUCGGUUUGCUCAGUGGAUCCCUCAGCAGUUAACCCUCCUGUUACCUUUGGGGUCAUUUUGACCCCAUUUAAUGUUUAACGUCUCUAAAAAAAUUAUUGACAUCAUUUUUUUUGCUUCAUAUUUCAUGACUUUUCCUAAUUUAUUGGGGACAACUGGGAAAACAUAAAAUUCACAUGAUGAUAUGUUUUCAAUGUCCUGUACACAACUUAGAAAUGUUUAAAUUUGACCCCAGGUGUAAAACAUAUAAGAAAUAUCAACUUUAUUAUUUAUUUAAAGGGCUAUUUAGGUAGUCAACAAACAGACAUAAAGUGACACUUAAACUUGGAAAAAAAUAUUAAUUCUAAUAAUUUUCUGUAGGUUUUAAUUGCUGGGGUCAAAUUGACCCCGAGGGUCAAAUAUGUUCGUACAUUUGAAGGUAACAGGAGGGUUAAAGAUGACUGGCUCAACUGGUGAGGAUGCUGACAUUGUACGCAGACCAGUUAGCUUUAGCCUCUGUGUUUUAGCACAACAUCCUAUUUGUAGCCAUCAAGUGUAUAUUUAUGACUGCUUUUAUAUCAUUUUAAAAAGAGGCAGCUCUAAAGAUCCGCUGGAGUUUAAAGCCAACUCGUGGAGCUAACUUUAGCCUAAUUAGUUAGCUAGCUUAGCAACAGCUGGCAAACUCAAUGGUUGCUGAAGAGAACAUUUGAAACCUUCCUUGUUUCCCACUGUGAGAAAUGAUUCAAACUGUUUUGAGUGGUACAUCUGCCACCGGUAUCAUUGUAAACUGCUCAUGCGCCAUGUGAGCUUGACAGGCGUAUCAACAGUCACUAAGUUAGACUGGGCUUAGCUAACGGUCAAUCAACCUGAAAAGGGCAAAACAUAUCAUGUAUCUAUCAACUGUACUUCAUAUUUGUUUAUUUUAACUACGGUACCAGUGUACAAUUCUGACUAUGUUUUACCUCUGGGUGCAGGAUUUGCAUCGUCCUAUAAUAUUCAUGGGUGACAACAUCUAAGACCGAUCAAUUUUGGACUCUUUCAUUGAGAAAUGAUUUUUAAAAAUGUAAAAAUAAAUAUUUGGGAAUGCAGGGUUGACAUCAUUAUUGCUAAUAUAAAGUCAAGAUAACACUUCACACUGCAUGUGCUGAAUAUUAAAUGAUUUGAAAUCAGAAA